UCCUCAGUCAUGAAAAUCGUUACCUGUGAUUAAUUGGAAACUGCAUCAACGGAUCGGUACUUGAAAUCAAUUCGGGACCUUUUUAAGUGAUUGAUUCAACAAAAAAAGUCAAACGACGUUAACAUUAUACGAUGCGUAAACUUUAUCAACGCAAAAAUUUUUUGCUACGUAUGUGGAACAAGAUUCGAAACCGAAUCGGGACUUCUUUUCAAAGAGUCAUCGAAAUGCCGUGAAACCUGUACGUCUUAUCGUGAACAAGUCGUGUGGUUGAGAACAAAAUUUUUGACCUUUGAAUUCGAAUAAAAGAGACUGGUUUCGCAAAUCUUUUUGAAUAAAAUCACUUGUUCUUCGAGGCCCGUUGCGAAAAAAUGGAAAAUGUUUUCGCCAAAAUUACACACAGCGUUGGAAGAAAGAAGUUUGGACUUUACUUGACGUAGAAACAGUGACACUGAAUCGGAAAAAACGAUCAGAGUCUUGGGUCAUUUGGUUCUGGAGACGACACGAUAAAUAAUGUAGAUACGAGUCAAUGUACGCAUGUGGUCAAUCUUCCGAAACAACAAACUAAUUAAACUGCCAGUUUCUCAAUACCGCUGCUGCCUUCGACAGCGCUGCAAAACCGCAUUUAACUGUUUCGUAAAAUUUACUCGCUGAUCGGUAAUCAAUGCGUACCAUAAAUCGAAAACUGCAGCGCGAUUAAACCAUAAGUGAAUGCGUAAGAAAUAAUUCGAGACCCAAGUGGCAACUUUGAAAAUGUGAAUAUUGGAUCAACACCAAGUUAACGAGGAUUGUUUUUUAUUUUUUUCUUCGACUACGCGAAAAUGUACCGUGGCUGUGGCAACUUGCCGUGAUAAAGAGGAAAAGAAACCAAAACCUCGGAAGAGGUAAAGCAAAUCGAAAAAAAUCUGCCAAUUCUCAUCAUAAGUCUGGAGAAGAAAGUAAAACCAUAAGCGUCGAACUUCGUAGUUACUCCAUUUUUUGCGGAAAAGAAAAGUUUCACCUUCCGAUUCCACUAAGAUGUUCGAGAAGCAGUUGCUGCACCGAUUCUAAACAGUGGCUUUGUGAAAUAGUUGGAUUAAUUGAUCGAUUUAUCGCUGCAAUAACGGAAUUGCCGGGACUGAAAAGACGAUAAUACUGGUAUUAUUAUAACCAAAGAAUUGGAUAAAAUUUUUUUCGACGUCCGAAUCGAGGAAGCUCGUAAAUUCUUGGCCCAUUCACCUUAUCGCUGUGCCACGUAGUCGAGGGCAUAUAUUAUUCGACUUUGGACAAGAUAUAUCGUUAUCCGCAAACUGACUCGCCGGAAUUAAUUUUCCUACCGACAAAAGUUUUCAGCAGCUUCUCCAAAAAUGCCGUACGAAUCCUUGCAUGUGCUGCCUUUGAGUCUCUUCAUCCUGAUCCCGGUCACGUUCAUGAUCACUUAUACUAUAUCAGUACAAUGGGGUCACGUGGUGCCCGGUUUCCCUUACAUAUCAGAAACCGGUACAUUGUCACCCGAGUCCUGCAUAUUCGCGCAGCUCCUGAACAUAGCAGCGUUCCUGCUUGCCUGCUUCGUCUACAUCAGGCAUCGACAGGUAGAACAGUGGCGAAUUGAACGGGGCGACAACUCCGUGAAUCGCUCGACGGUUCUGCUGACGGCAUGGAGUGGUUUUCUGUCGUGCUUGGGCCUCGACAUCCUGGCGAACUUCCAGGAGGCCCGAGUUGUUGCAGCCCACAUGACCGGCGCGAUGACGUGCUUCACGGCUGGGACCCUUUACUUCGUUCUCCAGACUUACUUGAGCCAGAAGAUGGUCAACGCGUUGAAUGGUCAGACCAUUGUCUGGGUUCGCGGUGCACUCUCGGCUCUCACAGUAAUUCUCACAAUCGUAGUCGUCAUUCCUGGCUACAUAUCGACGCUGGAGUUCAAAGGAUCCGACUACAAGAAGUGGCAGCCUGAGGAUGGCGGGUGGGAAUGGCACGUGACCAGCGUUGCUGCCGAAUGGAUGCUGGCCAUCGUAUUCUGCGCAUUUUUGGUUACCUUCGUUCCAGAGUUUCGGUUGAUAAAUUUUGAGGCACCCGAAGUCACUGUGACUUACCUGGACAAUGAAAGACGAAACUCGAAACUGUCCGAGACGCAGGAAACUACGAUACAAGAAGUAUAAAAUAUGACAAGUGUAGCUUCCGAAAUUUUGUCAACCAUCGUAAAUUCGCCCUCUUAGCAAGGACAGGAACUCUGACCAUGACUCUCACAUAUUCGGAACAUCUGCUACAGGUUUCGCUAAAGUGUGGCGAAACUUUUGGUAAUCACUGAUCUAAGGGUCGAAGAAAAGUCACUGAAUCGUUGUCGUCUUUUGCGAAUAGUCCAUGCUGACGCGAGAUGGACUCUAUAGUACUUAAUGAUCGAUAUUCUCAAAGUUACUACGAUAAGCAAGUGAAAGACUUGGUCAUUCGUCAAUGUGAUGUUGGUCAAUUGAUCGAGCCAGUGAUCGUGAAAGGUAGAAUAAAUACCGAAUGAUUUUUAUUUAUACACGAAACGAAAUUCUUACUUAAGACGAACUGGAUUCGUUAUAUACAGCAAGAAUUAGUGAAUUAUAAUUAUUUAUACACUAGCACUGCACUGUGACCAAUGUCAAUAUGAAACAUCGCAGCAACUAUCAAGUAUUGUUCAAUAAAACAUUGCAAGCUGUAAUCCCGAAGCGGAA